AAACAAAAUUCGUUACAGAUUUUAUUUUAUUUUUUUUGCCUAGCAAUAGAGUGUAACAAUAACAAGGGCUUAACCGCCGGAACAUGGGGGGUUUUUUAUUUAGUUCUCACACACUAGGAAAUAAGUUGUUACCAAGAUACAUGAACCGUGAACGUUUUUCUAGUCCUGGCUAUAUGAUGUGUAGGGUUCUAAGUUUUGGGGGUGAAAAUGUUUGGUAAUGCGCUCAGGUGCGUAGCAAUUACAUCCCUUUUUAAAUGUCCGGUAGGGUUACCGUAAAAUCGAGAUUAACACAGCCGUAAUGAGUCCGGAAGUAAAUUCGGUAUAGGUGGGAUUGUUUAAUUUGUCGGUUGGUCAGUUUUUUUAUCGCGAGUUUAGGUAAAUAGACGGCCAACUGUUGUACGAUGGCGAGUGGUGACCCAUAAAGAAUGUUUGUAUCCUUAAUUCUGUCCGGUCCAGAAAUGAACCAUAUGAUAAAAACCAGACGGUUUAUAAACGCGUGUCUGUGCGUGCUAAUGAAAUUGAAACCUAGUCCGCAAAAUUGCAAUUGAACCGUACCGUUAACAGACGGCCACUAGUUAGUGCAACAUGUAGUAAAAAGGUGAACGCCUUUCAUUAACGUCUUUGAGUAACAUAUGGUGUUCCCGUUGCUAGGAGUAGCUUUGGUUCUAGACUAGAAGGACCAUAUGGAGUACGCGCUGUCUGUUCCCAAGGAACUCAAAAAUAAUAUAUUAUAGGAUGUAUGUAUACGUCAUAUGGUCUAACAUAAGGUUUAUAUGAAUACGUGUACGUAAUCUACUUUAUACUUUUGACAGAAUAACAAAAAAGAAAUCGUCUAACACUAGACGCCUUAUUGUUUUUUCACGAUUUUUUUCUUUAUUUUUGUGUUUCAUUACUUUAACGAGGCUGCAUAACAAAGUAAAUGCAAUAUCUGAAGAUAACCAUUAAGAAGUGCUUUAAACGAACAAAAAACUAUUUAGAAAUUACGUUUUCCUUCAGAGGGUUGAUUGCAAUGCCUUAAUAAUCGAAAUAUUAGGCUAUGAUAAAAAUAUGCAUGUAAAUCGUUGAAAUCUGCAUGUGGUCUAGACGAAUAAUAUACAUGUUGGUUAGAAUAAAAGCCUCGGGCCAACGUGUAAAUCCGGUAGUACACAGGUACGGCCUUGCGUAACCGGGGUGCUCUUAUAAAUGCGCCGUUUGUUGUUAUAUCCAUUGUGCUCCUCUUUUUUUCUCCGGAUCUCCAAAUUAUUAUUCUGUAUGAACCUGAGACGAAAAAAAAUUUCGUUACAUUAGCCCCUCCUCCGGUUGGCGCACAUCCUAAUAACGCGUUUUCUCGGUUGAUCGUUAUGGGGUCGGAAUCCCUGCGGCAUCGCACCAUCCAUCGAACCCUCUAUUGUGUACGACGUCCAGACCUUUAGGCGGCUUUGAGCGUACACUGCAUUCUCUGUUGCAAGGGGAUGUGUACUUAAAAAAAACUGGUUUAAAACAUACAAUAAAAGGUAUCUCUGUGUGUACCUGGCCGAUAUGUUUGUACGAUAAAAUGCCAUCUCGAAAUUCUUCGGAUCCCAAAUAGGUACAUCGUGUAUUCGCCGUAAAUACCCGAUCUAGUUUCGUGUGCUGGUCCGCCAGCUAUAAUAUUGUCCGUUUUUACCACAGUUGGUCGUGCGAUUUCUUGUAACGUGUACGCCCUGCUGGUACUCACGUUUACCUUUACAUAGUAGUAUAGUCGAAAUUCUUUUAAAUCAAUCUGUGGCAAAAUGUCCUACUCUUCUAGUCCAUCACCAACGUUAUCUACCACUGACUCUUCAAGUCACCAGGAAGCAUUUGCUCACAGCAACAAAGAAGAAUGGUUAUCGGAUUCGGACAGUCAGCAAACUAUCAUAUGUAGUACGACUAGCUCAUCACCAGGACCGUCCUUAGCAUCAACUUCUACUAAUGGUGGUCAGAAAUCAGGAUCGUUGAAAUCCAAAGGUAGCCGAUCGAAAGAUACACCCGCAGGUCAAAAACCAGCUCAAGUAGUAGCUAGACGAAAUGCUCGAGAAAGACGUAGAGUACAAGCUGUCAAUUGGGCUUUUGCUAGACUUCGAAAAGUCGUACCUUUAGAAGAAAAUAAGAGCAAAAGAAUGAGCAAAGUAAAAACUCUUCAACUAGCUAUUGAAUACAUUAACCAGCUUCAAGGAGUAUUGUCACUGAGCCCUCACAAUCUCAAUGAUCACAAUGACCAUCAUCAAUUACUGACCACAGCUGAAAUUGGACUAUUUUCUGAUAUGCAGUACAAAAUUGAACCUUCUGAUUUGUCACAAUUUCGCAUGCCUCCCAAUUUCUAUACCCAACUUUUAGCUGACAAUCAAAACUGACAAAAGUCUACUAUAAAAAGAAAAAAUUAUAUUUUUUAUUUAUUAUUAUUGAAAUUAUUCUUAUCGCCCGAAUGCGAAUCCGGUUAUUUUUUAUUAGACAAUAAUAUACAAUGUUUUUAUUCAGCGAAUUUUUUUUUUAACAUGUUAUUGCCUUAUAGCAGAUUUUUUUAUGUGGUCAAACACAAAUAAGAAUUUCAAAUUGUUUGGAAUAUAAUUUCUAAUUUUUUUUAUUUUUAUAACUUCAUAAUAUUUAUGAUGUUUUGUUAAUUUUUGUUGUGUAAAUUAUAAAGUCUAGUCAUUAUACUCUUAAGUUUAAUUAAGAAUACACUUUUUUCUCUUUUUGUUUAACUUAUCUAUAUGUAUUAUACUAAAAAAAAAAAAAUUAAAAACCAACAAUGAACUGAUGAAGGAUAAUGAUUUUCUUUUUAUAACAUUUUUUAUGCUUAAUGACAAAUUCUAAAUAUAGUUUUGUACGUAUUAAGUUUAGUAAAUAACUAUUUUAAGGUUUUUAUGUCAAACUUUUUAUUAUAUUAAAGUAUUAAAAAUUGUUACCUAUGUAAGUAUUAAUAGGAUUUUAUAACUUAAUCUUAUAAUUGCUCAUUUAAUACUGACAUUUCACAGGAUAAAUAUUAAUUUUUUAAUUGUUAAACUCUUGUGACUAAGUUAUAUACUAUUUCUGUCUUAAACGAGAUAAGACAAUAAUUUUUUAUAGUG